AUGAGCUACAGCGUAGACAGACGAGAUAGGGUUAACCCUCGUAUCAGCAAUCCUUGGCCCCUUCCAGAACUUAUCCAAUGUAGAUAUUGGGAGGGUCCUAAAGGUCACUUCAAAGGUUGGGCACCAGGUGAAGACAGUGUCUUGAGUCAGAUAUAUCGAGAUGGUGUCCCAAGAUGGUUACCUAAGACGCCCCCCGAUGGCUUUCACAAAUGGCUGUCGCGCAGUGGUUCCCAUCAAGACGAUGGACAGACAGAUAAUGGUGGUGAUCUGGAACACAUCUACAACAAAACCAAGACCAAUGGCGUAUUUUACAAUCCGGUGGACGAUCCGCUUAAGAUUACCAAUCAGGACGAAGAGGUCUUGGACAUCCUCCGCCAUACCUUUGAAACUGGGACGGUCAAGAUCAAACACGUUGCGCUCAUCAUGAUGGAAAGCAUCAGAGAGGAGCUAUUCCCCCUCCAGCAGGGAUCUGAUAUGCACAAGAUCAUCCUUCGGUCCCACGAGGGACAAAGAGAUGUAGACGAUGUCGAUGGCAUACUGUCACGCCUAACUCCGGUGGCGGAAAAGGUCACUGGCAAGCAUGUCUGCUGGAAGAGAUCAGAUGGAUCGGAGCUACCCCAGAUGCGGAUACCAGAGUGGAAUGAUACGACGCAGGAUGGUUUCGGUGGCAUCAAUGUCGCAGGUGCUUUCACCGCUGCAUCACUAUCCUUAAAAAGCUUGGCAGCAACUUACUGUGGAGUGUGGCCUAUUCCUGUUGACAACUUUAAAGAGUCCGAAGCGCAAAGUUACCAACCUUGCAUCUCGCAAAUCUUGCAUCUCUUCAACCAGAUGAAGGAAGCCAAGGCAGCUUCAAACGACUUCCUUGAACAAGACUGGCUUACCGCUUCUUUCCAAUCGAUAACGGAUAAGUACGAUCGCCAGGAUGUGUUCACCAAAAGUAUGGGCGUCGAAACGGUUGUUAACAAGGACUUUUUGAAACGAAACACUGAAAGGCAGUCGGAACUAGAAGAAAUUAACUAUUUUGGAUUCCCUGAAACCGUUUUGAAGACGCACUUGCGAGACCUCGUGAAGAAAGUCCAGCAGGAGAACAAGAGAAUGUUCCUUUUCCAUUUUACUAGCACGACACAUCAUCCUUGGGGACUGCCAGGCAAUUUCGAAAGGAGAGAGUAUAUGAACACGAAGGGGAAGAUGGCAUGGCACAAAGACUUCAACAACUACUUGAACACUAUCCGGUUCACGGAUGCAUGGCUCGGCGAGCUUCUGCAACUGUUCGAUCAUCAAGGUAUCGCUAAUGAGACACUUGUGGUUCUUGUCGGCGACCACGGGCAAGCAUUCAGAGAGGAUGUCUCCACUAGGACCGGCACGUACAAGAAUGGUCACAUCAGCAAUUUUCGCGUGCCUAUCACUUUCAGGCACCCUAGUAUUCCUCGUGUACAGUAUGAAGCGAGCGCAACUUCCAUCUCCAUUCUUCCGACGAUAUUGGACUUGCUCAUCAACACGGGAUCACUCAACCGCAGGGAUACAGCUAUCGCAUCUGAUCUCAUUCAAGAUUACGAAGGGCAGUCGCUCAUCCGGCCCUACAAGCCCAUGAAAAAUGGCCGCCGGGCGUGGAACUUUGGCAUCGUCAACAGCGGUUCAAGCAUGCUGACAGUGACGUCUGCAGAUGCGCCCUGGAGACUUGUCAUGCCCCUUGACCGUACAUCCCGAUGGAGAUUUACUGACUUGAAGAACGACCGACUUGAACUUGAGCCUCUAGAGAAUUGGUCAGUGGAACAACUGAUAAGUGAUAUAAGACAUAUCCAUGGCGAGGAAGCGUCACGUUGGACUAGGGAGGCUAAUGCGGUGGCCAACUGGUGGGCGGUGGAGAACAAAAGACUUUGGGGGUUAUAA